UUGGCAGCGCCGUGCGAUGUUAUGUCAAACGUCAAACGCCAAGCUUGCCACUACAGCUCUUCCGGUGUAGCUCUUUCUUUCCCGAUCAACACAUCAAAAUGGGUAUUAGCCGCGAUAGCUAUCAUAAGAGGCGAGCCACUGGUGGCAAGAAGGCCGCCAUCCGCAAGAAGAGGAAGUAUGAGUUAGGACGCCCGGCCGCCAACACCAAGAUUGGUGCAACUCGUGUCCACUUCGUGCGUACCCGUGGUGGUAACAGGAAGUUCCGUGCCCUCCGUCUGGACUCGGGCAACUUCGCCUGGGGAUCGGAGGGUAUGGCCCGCAAGGCACGUAUCAUCGACGUCGUGUACAACGCGUCGAACAACGAGCUGAUCCGUACCAAGACGCUGGUGAAGAACGCGAUCAUCGUGAUCGAUGCGUCGCCCUUCCGUCAGUGGUACGAGAGCCACUACCUGCUGCCGCUUGGCAAGAAGCGCGAGCUGAAGGCCGGCGAGGAGGAUGUGUUGAGCAAGAAGCGCAGCAAGAGCAACCUGCGGAAGUACGUCAAGCGCCAGAAGAACGCCAAGAUCGAUCCUGCAGUGGAGGAACAGUUCAACGCUGGUCGUCUGCUCGCUUGCAUCUCUUCCCGCCCUGGACAAGUUGGACGUGCCGACGGUUACAUCCUGGAGGGCAAGGAGCUUGAAUUCUACCUUAAGAAGAUCAAGAACAAGAAAUCCAAGUAAGCAGUGACAAACGGUGGCGCUCUGUGGUGUGUCAGUGUUUGUGUGCUGUGCGUUGGUAGUGACGGAGGAGGGGCGGUGAUGAUAGCUUGUUGGUGGCAAAUAGAUCGCCGGUUGUCGGUGCUACGAUCCGUUCCUCGUCGUAGCAUUGUCGAGCAUCGCACCAACCUUAGAAACAGAGCAACAAAACAUCGUGCGUCAUCAUCUCCUCGGGGGCAGUGAAGAGGCGUAACUGUACUGUGACGCCUUGUGUACGUGAAAAAGGAGGAAUCCUUGCGAGAGAAGGGAAGGAAUAAAACUUCAAAAAAACCACACAAUGA